AUGCAUGUUUGGUCCUUUGAAAUAGGUCUUUUGGAGCAUUUGGAGCAUAUGGGACGUGAGGAGCAAGGAAGGACUUGGUGCAUGGACGCAGCUCAACUGGACACGCAAAGGAAGAAGGAGGAAGCCAUCUUGAAGACCAGCUCGACCACCUACUCGACCACCGGUCGAGUUCCUCAACUCGACCGGCCAAGCUUCAACUCGAUCGAGCUGAGAAGUCAACAGUCAAACCCGAAAAAUGUUGCUUCCCCCUUGACUUCCCUUUGA